AUCUCCCUUUAAAGAAAUCUUUUCAUCAAACAAAUAUUGCAAUGGCCGCUGUACGCGAAAUCGUCGAUGUGAAAUCCUUCGAAGAAGUUUUAAACAGUUCUGGGAGUCAACUGGUGGUAGCACAUUUCUCAGCAGCAUGGGCUCCUCAAUGUCGACAGAUGAACGAGGUCCUGGAGGAGCUGAGUAAGGACUCACAGCUGGCAAAAUCCCAGUUCCUUAAGCUUGAAGCAGAAGACCUUCCAGAGCUGUCUGAAAAAUAUGAAAUAGCAGCUGUACCGACCUUUAUAUUCUUCAAGAAUAAGUCCAAGUUGGACCGGAUUGAUGGAGCCAAUGCUGCAGAGUUAACUAAGAAAGUGAAAACUUUAUCAUCCUUAGCAACUGUUCCCUUACCAGACCAACAACCCACCCAAAAACAGGAUAUAAAUGAGAGGCUGAAGGUGCUGGUCAGCUGUGCUCCUGUGAUGGUCUUCAUGAAGGGUGUACCAGAGGAACCAAAGUGUGGAUUCAGUCGGCAGGUGGUACAAAUUCUAAAUGAUCGAAACGUCAAGUUCAGUUCCUUUAAUAUCCUGGAAGAUGAGGAUGUAAGACAAGGUUUAAAGAAAUAUUCUAACUGGCCAACGUACCCUCAGCUCUACGUCAAUGGCGAUCUCCUCGGGGGACUUGACAUUAUCAAGGAACUCAUCGAGUCAGGAGAGUUUGAGUCUCAACUCCCUGAACAAGUUAAACUUGAAGACAGAUUGAAAUCCCUGAUCAACAAAGCCCCAGUGAUGCUAUUUAUGAAAGGCAAUCCACAGGUUCCACGAUGUGGAUUCAGUAGGCAGGUUACAGCCUUGCUGGGGGAGACAGGAGUUCCGUACGAGACAUUUGAUAUACUGGCAGAUGAGGAGGUGCGACAAGGGUUAAAAAAGUUUUCUAACUGGCCUACAUUUCCACAACUUUACGUUAAAGGGGAGCUGGUCGGUGGGCUAGAUAUCCUUCAGCAACUGAAAGAAUCCGGAGAACUGGAGAGUAUAUUAAAGGAAGGACAAUAGACUAUCCAGGAGUGAUAACAGUGGAACUAACUGUGACCAACUAUAUCAGAACUGUAGAUCAAGUAGGGGAGGGGAGGGGGGGGAGG